GACUGGUUAUCAGUAGUAGUAGUCUGUGGUACCCGGAGAGCUGCGUCUGGACCGUCUAGUAGCAGUUUAAGGACAACCCGGGAGACAUCCGCACACGCCAAACCAAGCCUCCACUGGACAAAGCCGAUCCGGCGAAAAACCGCGGUCCUGUUUUGAGUGGUGAUCACAGUUCAGCUGGUCAGGCUUUCUCCAGUCCUGUGAAGCUCCAGCAGCAGCAUUCAACUCGUCUGUCUCUUCCUUCUUGGUGAACAGACAUGCCUCCAGCAGUGGGUGGGCCUGUGGGGUACACACCUCCUGAGGGUGGCUGGGGCUGGGCGGUGGUAGUGGGGGCCUUCAUCUCAAUUGGCUUCUCCUAUGCCUUCCCUAAAUCCAUCACAGUGUUCUUCAAAGAAAUAGAGGUUAUCUUCGAUGUCACACCCAGUCAGGUGUCCUGGAUCUCCUCAAUCAUGCUGGCCGUCAUGUACGGAGGAGGUCCAAUCAGCAGUAUCCUUGUGAACAAAUAUGGCAGUCGACCAAUCAUCAUCCUCGGCGGUUGCCUGGCAGGCUCAGGACUCGUUGCCGCCUCCUUCUGCAACACGGUGGCGCAGCUCUACUUCUUCAUAGGAGUAGUGGGAGGUUUGGGACUGGCAUUCAACUUGAAUCCAGCCCUCACUAUGAUCGGGAAAUACUUCUACAAGCGGCGGCCAAUCGCCAAUGGCAUCGCUAUGGCAGGCAGCCCUGUGUUUCUGUCCACCCUGGCUCCAAUCAACUCCUGGCUGUACGAUCAGUUUGGGUGGAGAGGCAGCUUCCUCAUCCUGGGAGGACUGCUGCUUAACUGUUGUGUGGCCGGCUCCCUCAUGCGCCCUAUUGGGCCCAAACCUCAGCUGGCCAAACCUGACUCAGAGGCAUCCGGGGCUGUAGGUUCAGCUCAGCCACAGCCUAAGACAAUCUUGCAGAAAAUCAACUCCUUCAUUGACCUGACGCUGUUCAAACACCGUGGCUUCCUGCUGUACCUGAUGGGCAAUGUCAUCAUGUUUUUCGGCCUCUUUGCGCCACUCGUCUUCCUCUCAAAUUUUGCCAAGAACAAGGACAUCAGUAAAGAGAAGGCGGCCUUCCUGCUCUCAGUGCUGGCUUUUGUCGAUAUGUUUGCCCGGCCCUCCAUGGGGCUGCUGGCCAACACCAAGUGGGUCCGGCCCAGGAUACAGUACUACUUCGCUGCUGCUGUCCUUUACAACGGAGUGUGUCACGUGCUGGCGCCGCUGUCAGUGGAUUACACUGGAUUUGUGGUCUACGCCAUCUUCUUUGGUUUUGCUUAUGGCUGGCUGAGUGCUGUGUUGUUUGAGACCCUCAUGGACCUGGUGGGGGCCCAGAGGUUCUCCUCAGCUGUGGGUCUGGUCACUAUAGUGGAGUGUGUACCGGUGCUGUUGGGCCCACCGCUAACAGGUAGUUUUUAUGACUACUACAAGCACUAUGACUACACCUAUAUUUCCUGUGGCAUCAUCCUCAUGGUCGCAAGCGUCUUCCUCUUUGUGGGGAUGGGCAUCAACUACCACCUGCUGGCACGAGAGAAGAGGGAGGAAGAAAGAAAAGAAAAGGAGGAACGCGCUGCUAUGCUAGCACCCCCCCCUCAAUCAAAACCAGAUGAGAACGUCCUAGCCGACGUGACACUGGAGGAAGUUGCCAAGAUGGACGAGGACACGAUCAACAACCCUGACCAGAUAUCCAGUGUACUGGCAUAGACGUACCAGAACGUUCACAUUUGAGAAGCUUGAAACAAAGUUGUUUUUGCUUAAAAUGAUUAAAUGAUUCACAUUUCAGAAAUGAUUGCUUGUUUUUUUAAUUUGUCAGUCACCACAGUUCUAUUAACUGUGUGAUCUAGUCCGUUCCUCUGCCAUGGAGUUCAUUAUUGUUUAGACUGGCUGUGUCUGAAUCACUGCUCACUCAUUAUUUCUUAUACAACAGUUCUUCACAGCUAUGCAGGAAGUAGCGUGUACAGUUGUGCUCAUACGUUUACAUACCCUGGCAGAUUAAAAAAAAUUUUUUUUUUUUUGCCUAUUUUGCAGAGAAUAUGAAUGAAGACACAAACUUUUCUUUCAGUCAUGGUUGGUGUUUGGCUGAAGCUGUUUAUUGUCAAACAACUGUUUAUUCUUUUAAAUCAUGACAACAAACUACCCAAAUCAUCCUGAUCAAAAGUUUACAUACCCCACUUCUUAAUAUUGUGUAUUUCCCCCUUUAACAUCAAUGACAGCUUGAAGUCUUUUGUGGUAGUUGUGGAUGAGUCUCCUUAUCUUUUCAGAUGGUAAAGCUGCCCAUUCUUCUUGGCAGAAAGCCUCCAGUUUCUGUAAAUUCUUGGGCUGUCUUGCAUUAACAGCACAUUUGAGAUCUCCCCAGAGUGGCUCAAUGAUAUUAAGGUCAGGAGAUUGAGGUGGCCACUCCAGAACCUUUACUUUAUUCUGCUGUAGCCAAUGACUGGUCGAUUUGGCCUUGUUUUGGAUCAUUGUCAUGUUGGAAUGUCCAGGUACGUCCCAUGCACAGAUUCCGGGCCGAUGAGUGUAAAGUUUCCUCAGUAUUUUUUGAUAACAUAGUGCAUUCAUCUUGCCAUCAAUUUUGACCAAAUUUCCUGUGCCUUUGUAGCGCUCACAUCCCCAAAACAUCAGCGAUCCAUCUCCGUGUUUCACUGUAGGAAUGGUGUACCUUUCAUCAUAGGCCAUAGGUUGUGGCCAAAAAGUUCCAUUUUGGUCUCAUUACUCCAAAAGACUUUGUGCCAGAAGGUUUGAGGCUUGUCUCUGUGCUGUUUGGCAUAUUGUAAGCGGGAUACUUUGUGGCAUUUGCGUAGUAAUGGCUUUUUUUUUUUUUUUCUGGCAACCCGACCAUGCAGCCCAUCUUUCUUCAAGUGCCUCCUUAUUGUGCAUCUUGAAACGGCCACACCACAUGUUCUCAGAGAGCCCUGUAUUUCACCUGAAGUUAUUUGUGGGUUUUUCUUUGCAUCCCAAAUAAUUUUCCUGGCUGUUGUGGCUGAAAUUUUAGUUGGUCUACCUGACCGUUGUUUGGUUUCAACAGAACCUCUCAUUUUCCACAUCUUAAUUAGUUUGAACACUACUAAUUGGCAUUCUCAGUUCCUUGGAUAUCUUUUUAUAUCCCUUUCCUGUUUUUAUACAGUUCAACUACCUUUUCCUGCAGAUCCUUUAACAAUUCUUUUGUUUCCCCAUGACUCAGAAUACAGAAAUGUGAGUGCAGUACUGUAUUAAAGAUGCAAGAUCUGUCAGGAGUCCAGAAACUCAUUGACCUUUUAUGCACACUAAUUACCAGCAAACGGAUCAAGGUGAAGAUGGUUGCCUUUUAAUUGCCAUUCACACCUGUUUGUCUCAUGUCAUCAGGCCAAAAUCACCAGGGUAUGUAAACCUUUGAUCAGGGUGAUUUGGGUAGUUUAUGAUUUUAAAAAGAGUAAACAGUUGUUUGACAAACGGCUUCAGCCAAACACCAACCAUGACUGAAAAAAGUUGUUUUCAUUCAUAUUCUCUGCAAAAUGGCCAAAAAAAUCUAAAAUCUGCCAGGGUAUGUAAACUUAUGAGCACAACUGUAUGCACUGGACACUGCCUGUUGUGAUUCCAUUGAGGGCACUAGACUGUCCGAUGUGGUAGUUACUCACUAUAUUAAAAAUGGGUAGUGAUUUCUGAUGCAGCCAGUUAAAAACAGCCAGCCACUGGCCUUAACACAGCAUUGCAGCUUCUUUUGUGCUGGUCCCAUGUGCACAUCCUGCUGCCAGAAAUACUUGCUGUGUAGUUACCUGCAGCAGAAAGUGGUUGCUAAUCGCCUUUCUUUGCUGCAGUGCCCAUGAAAUGUAAUAUUAAUGAACUGAGCUGCAGACAAACACUGUUUUGGUCUUUUCAUGGAGUUUGACAAACUUUAUAAUAUGACCAAUUUUUCCCCUCUAAACUGAAGACAGGCCUGUUAAAAUGAAAAAGGAAAAUGUUUCUGCAAUACAGCGUUAUUAAACUCCCUGAUGUGUGGUCAGUUGCACCAAAGUUUUCCUCUUCACAGAAAAAUGUCUGCGUAGGGGAGGCAAGAGGGAACACUGAAGUGGGAACGUAAAUUAAUGUGAGGAUGCACUUUGUUUGAAAGCCGUUAGUGAUUUUUAUACCAUGACCAAAAGUAGUUUAGACGGUGUAGGUUGUCUAACAGUAAAUGUUGUUUGUGACAGAAGGCAGUGUCUAAGGUACUGUGGGAGAAUACUUUCUCUCAUUCUGCCCUCGUACUUGAAUAAGAAAUGGUCUCAGUUUUGCACUGGAACAUGGACAGGUCAUUGUUUCAGAUAUAGUAGAGAAGUGAUCUGCACUGCAGACAGGCCUGUGUGUGUGUGUGUGUGUGUUCACAUUCCCCUGUCCAUCAGUUUCAUUUAUUCAGUCUGAUUUACUGGAAUUAAGAAUUGCCUAAAACCUUCAGUUAUUUUGCCUUUGAGACCAGUAACUGAAGAGAAGCUGACACAUCAAAAAGUCUAACAGAACAAUUUUGGCAUUUUCCAGUGAAGGGGAUUUAAAAACAGUACUGUGUAUAGCGGCACACCUCUUGUUUUUAAGAACAUAUGUUUCUGAAAACUAACUUUCUUUCAUAGAUGUUUUUGUUUGUGACUGAAUAAAAGGAUUUUGACGAUGA